AAUCUGCCAAGAAAUCGUUCCGAGUCUGACGUCACUCUCGCCCGGCUCGUGACGUCGUAGAGGCGGGCGCAGAACGUUGGCGUUGCCAAGGCGACGGGCGUGCUUCCGACGUCAGGGCCACGCAGGGCUGCCCCUCCCGCACGGAAGGAGCGCGCUCUGUGAUGCAGAGGAGGGCACACCCACUGCUACGUUGACGCGGCCAGCCACGACCUUCGGUUAUUCUCUGCGCCUGCGCGGCACCUAUUUCCCCACCCCUUUUCUGACGGACCGUUUUCCGUUAGGAUAAACAAGGAGGCGCUGCCUCUUUUUCUAACCCCCCCCCCGCCGCCGCCAAGUGGUUUCUCCCGAUUCCUGCGGGCGGGCCGAUUCCAGGAAGCCGGGGCGGGGGUGAGGCGCCUCCAGGGAGCGACCGGGAGGAGGUGUAGCCACCCCUCCGGAGGCGAGCGUGGCACGGCCCACAGCGGCGGCCGGAGCCGAUAGGGCGAGACCAAGGGGGCGCCGCGGGGGGAGGCGAGCGGAAAAGCCGGGGACAGCAGCGACGGGAGAAGCGCUAAGAUGGCGUCGGCCGGGCCCGAGUCCGGGGGAAGCAGCAGCAGCAGCAGCGGGGCCGCCACGGGGGCGCCCUCAUCCGCGACCUUGAAAAAGUCCUGGGAGGUGCCAGGCUCCUCCGGGCACAGCUCCUCUCAGACAGUCAAGAAGGGGCACCGGAGCGUGGAUUCCAGCGGAGAAACCACCUACAAGAAGACAACCUCGUCGGCUCUCAAAGGUGCCAUCCAGCUGGGCAUCACCCACACGGUGGGCAGCCUCAGCACCAAGCCGGAGCGGGACGUCCUGAUGCAGGAUUUCUACGUGGUGGAGAGCAUCUUCUUCCCCGGCGAAGGCAGCAAUCUGACCCCGGCCCACCACUACAACGACUUCCGCUUCAAGACCUAUGCGCCCGUGGCCUUCCGCUACUUCCGGGAGCUCUUCGGCAUCCGGCCGGACGACUACUUGUGCUCCCUCUGCAGCGAGCCCCUCAUCGAGCUCUCCAACUCGGGCGCCAGCGGCUCCAUCUUCUACGUCUCCAGCGACGACGAAUUCAUCAUCAAGACCGUCCAGCACAAGGAGGCCGAGUUCCUGCAGAAGCUGCUGCCGGGGUACUACAUGAACCUGAACCAGAACCCCCGGACGCUGCUGCCCAAGUUCUACGGCCUCUACUGCGUCCAGGCGGGGGGCAAGAACAUCCGCAUGGUGGUGAUGAACAACCUGCUCCCUCGCUCGGUGCGCAUGCACCAGAAGUUUGACCUGAAGGGCUCCACCUACAAGCGCCGGGCGUCGCCGAAGGAGCGCGAGAAGGUCUUCCCCACCUACAAGGACCUGGACUUCCUGCAGGAGGCCCCCGAGGGGCUCUUCCUGGACGCCGACAUGCACAGCGCCCUGUGCAAGACCCUGCAGCGGGACUGCCUGGUCCUGCAGAGCUUCAAGAUCAUGGACUACAGUUUGCUGGUGGCCGUUCACAACCUGGACCUGGCCCAGCGGGAACGGGCGGUAGCCGACGGGGCCUCCCUGGCGGACACACGCCGGCCGGCCGGCCAGAGGGCCCUCUACUCCACCGCCAUGGAGGCCAUCCAGGGGGAGGCCCGGAGGGGGGGCACCAUCGAGACGGACGACCAGAUGGGAGGCAUCCCGGCCCGAAACGCCAAGGGGGAGAGGCUGCUCCUUUACGUGGGGAUCAUCGACGUGCUGCAGUCGUACAGGUUCAUGAAGAAGCUGGAGCACUCGUGGAAAGCCCUGGUUCACGACGGGGACACGGUCUCCGUUCACCGGCCGAGCUUUUACGCCGAGAGGUUCCAGCGCUUCAUGUGCCAGGCUGUCUUUAAGAAGAUCCCUCUAAAAUCCUCCCCUUCGAAAAAGAGCCGCUCCGGGAUGGGACCUCCUCGUCGGCCGGGCCAGACCGGGACCCCCGCCCAGGCGCUGAGCGAGACGAAAGUCCAGGUCACAAUGGAGGCGGAGAUGGAGACAGGGUCCCAGCUGGGGCGCCCUGACCUGCUUCCCCAGACGCCCCCCGUUGAAGAGGCCAACAGCGACUCGGCAGCGACCACCUUGUCCACCUCUUCGCUGGGCAGCCCCGGGCACAGCUCGCCAGCCAACCGCUCAAUGGGGGCAGAGGCGCCCCCACCAGACACCCCCAAGGACCCGGCUGUCUUCCUUCUGGAAAGUGCUUCCCCCAGCCCUUCGGUCACAGGGCAGCCUUCUGAGCUGGUGCAGCAACUCGGAGAUUUGGCCGAAACAGAAAUCAAUUGUUGAAAGUGUCCUGGGCGGGUUCCUUUCCCCCCACCCGCCCCCCACCCGGGGAGAAACGUGAGCCGAAGAUCUUCCCCACACUCUGCAUGGCCGGUCUCUUGGCGAGGGGAGGAUGGGGGGGGUGGAGCAGCCCCCCCCCUGCCCCUUGGAACUGCUGACACCACAAACUCCUUUGGAUGGAGGAGACUGAAGCCUGGGGCCCCUCGGAGCCCCCCAGGCGGCCCAGCUCCGGGGCGCAGGGGCUCACGGAAGGCGUCCAGCCCCCUCCAGCCUGGGCGGAGGACAGAGCGGGCCCAGCCUGGGGGGGCUUCGGAGGAGAAGGGCGUGCAGAGAGGAGGUCCGCUCUCCCCAAGCCCCACAACCACCGU